ACGAUUGGCGGGCUAAUGGCGCGCGAUUCAAUUGUAACUUGGGAAGCGGCGCGUUCGCACUUUCCACAGGCUUUCGCUUUUGAGAUGUGCUCAUAAAUUAUUAUUAAAUUUAUCUGACGAAGAUGAUUUAUUCGCGCAAGACGUAUCGGUAGCAUCAAAGUGACACUUUGCUAGGCAAAUUGUUAUCGAGAUUCAUCAAGGUGAAUAAAACCAAUAGUGGUGUGUAGUGUGUGUCAGUGAAAUAGAACAAUUCAGCGAGUGACAGAGUGAUAGAUACAUAGACAUUGGUCAAAAUGACUGGUUUCGUGAAAAUCGCGAUAGAUGACUACUAUUCCGACAACAAUUGGACUACAAUCAUCAACAAAUACUGGGUGCUAGCUGAAAGAGUUUCAGAUCCCAGAGUCCAAGGAUGGUUUUUCUUCGAUUCGCCGAUACCGACCUUCAUAAUGGUAGUCCUGUACCUUGCCUUCGUCCUCAUAGCGGGGCCAAUGUGGAUGGCCAACAGAAAACCUUUCCAAAUUAAAAAUCUCCUUGUUGCAUAUAACGCUGGACAGGUUCUUCUGUCACUGUACAUGUUUUAUGAGCACUUAAUGUCAGGAUGGUGGGCCGAUUAUAGUCUAACGUGUCAGCCUGUAGACUACAGUGAUAGUGAAAAAGCAAGAAGAAUGCUUCAUUUAUGUUGGGUGUACUAUUUUUCAAAACUGUCAGAAUUCGCAGACACGAUAUUCUUCGUUCUGAGAAAAAAGAAGAGUCAAAUCACAUGGUUACACCUUUACCACCAUUCUUUAACGCCUUUUGAAGCUUGGUUACUGGUUAAGUUCAUAGCUGGUGGUCAUGGAACUUUCUCGAAUAUCGUCAACAAUUUGGUACAUGUAAUAAUGUAUGGGUAUUACAUGGUAGCAGCUAUGGGCCCACAGUACCAGAAGUAUUUGUGGUGGAAGAAACAUCUAACUACUAUGCAACUUAUCCAGUUCUUCAUGGUGCUAUUCCAUUCAAUAAGUGCAUUAGUAUACGACUGCGGAUAUCCGAAGAUCAUCGCAUCGGGUUUAAUACUACAUUCGUCGAUUUUCAUAGUUCUAUUUAUGAACUUCUAUACGCACGCCUACAAGCCAGAGAAACCAAAGCCGAAGGUGGACGCUUGCAACAACAAUACCAAUGGUUUCAUACCGAAUGGUCACACGAACGGUCACGUGGUCAACGGUUCCGCAAAUGGUCACAUCGUGAUGAAGGAAAAUACGGGGAACGGCUUAGCCAACGGCCAUACGAAGGAGAAAUUACAAUAGAAUGUGAUAACGUAUCAAUUUACAUAAGACUUAUAAUUUAAGUAUAAAUAAAGUGCAAAUGGGCUUCCGUGAUGUUUUGUAAAUAUUAAAUAUUCGUUGUGACAAUCUCAGUGAAACGAACUUCUUACUUUUAUUGAAUCAAUAAAAGAUAACCAGUUGUUAUUUUAUUCGUCCAAUUAUUUAAAUGCACUCGAUUCUUUCCGAUACUCUCGCGCUCAAAUCAUCAUUUUCGAUUGUAAAAUAAAUGUAGAUAUGAAAACGGUUGUAUAUUUGCUAAUAUUAAGUUAUAACGCUUAAGUCUUUGCUCAAACUAAAGCUGUUUUUUUUAUUCUUGGACAUUCCAAUCUUUUUAAUUCGAUAUUAACUACCUCACCUUCCCGUCCACUUCGAUUAAUCCGUCCUCUUGUAAUAUAAAAUGUGUAUAUUUUGUAAAGUACUUAUUUAAGAGUGUAGCAUAGACUUUUCACAUAAGAAAAUGUUGUCCGACGGACCUGUGCUUGACCUGUAUCAUAUAUAAGCGUUAAAGAAACUUAAUACAAAAAAUCAAAACGCUUUAGCUAGAAACUCUGCUUUAAAUACUUUAUUUCAUGUGUAGUUUUAUUAAGUUUGAUUUUAAACAGUUGUCCUUAGUUUGGUAAUCGAGCGGUUGCAAACAAACUAUAAUGAGUUUAUAAGCAAGAGAGAGAUUUAUUGUAAUGACAGUUUUUGUGAAAUUUUUGACGAAUUCGUAUUUCUUGAUCUAAGUACAAGGUCAAUUAUAUUCAUUAUAUAACUUUCGAGUCUUCCGUGUACAAUUAAAAUAAUUGAUAAUUAAUUUUUUAUUUUACAAUAAAAUAUAUAAUUCCAAAUAAAUAUUUUUAGCUAUUUGUAUCGAAUUAUAGUAGUUACCCAUUUCCUAAGAAUCUCAAAAAUAAAUUUUCGUAUUGGUUUAGACGUAGAAAAUGGUUUAUUUACAUAAUGUGUGCGGUGUACCUCGGG